UUGAUGGAGAAUUUUUCAGAGGCAACUGAAUUUAUUCUUGUGGGGUUAACAGAUGCCAUUGAACUUCAAGUUCCUUUAUUUAUAGUCUUCACAUUUGUUUAUUUGAUCACACUGGCUGGGAACCUUGGGAUGAUCUUGUUGAUUCUGCUGGACUCACGACUCCACACUCCCAUGUACUUUUUCCUCAGUAACCUCUCUCUGGUGGACUGUGUUUACUCCACAGCUGUCACACCUAAAGUAAUGGAGGGAUUUCUCACAGGAAAUAAGAUCAUAUCCUACAAUGCCUGUGCUGCCCAGAUGUUCUUCUUUGUAGCCUUUGUCGCUAUUGAAAGUUUGAUCCUGGCCUCAAUGGCCUUUGACCGACAUGCAGCAGUGUGUAAACCCCUGCAUUACACCACCACCAUGACAAGUACCACGUGCAUCCUAAUGGUCGCCUCCUGCUACAUGUGCGGAAUCUUGCAAUCCUCUGUCCAUAUAGCCCUUGCAUUCCAACUUUCUUACUGUCAUUCCAGUGUGAUCAAUCACUUUUUCUGUGACAUUCCCCCAGUGCUGGCUCUUUCUUGUAAUGACACCUACACAAAUGAGAUUACACUCCUUAUCUUGGCUACAUUGGAUGUUGCUUUCACUCUCUUGGUUAUCUUGAACUCUUACUUGCUUAUUUUCAUUGCUAUCCUGAGGAUGCGUUCAGCUGAGGCACAGAGGAAAGCCUUCUCCACCUGCACAUCCCACCUCAUUACUGUCUCCAUCUUCUUUGGGUCACUCAUCUUCAUGUACCUACAGCCCAGCUCCAGUCACUCCAUGGACACUGACAAAAUUGCUUCUGUGUUCUACACCAUGGUCAUCCCCAUGCUGAACCCGCUGGUCUACAGCCUGAGGAACAAAGAGGUCAAAAAUGCAUUUAAAAAGGUUGUUGGGAAAGCAAAUUCUUCACUGUUCUUAAGCCAUUAA